AUAUGAUCAGAGACAACAAAAUGACACUAUGCAGACAUCAGAGGAAGGACAAGCAGAAAAUGCUGCCGCUGUUUCUGUCCAAACUGCUGCGAGAAAGUUGUGCUGGACAGGUAGAAGUUACAUUUAUGCAGGCCCAGGGAGAAAGCCUCAACUCCUGAUGCACCUGGAGAGCUAUGUGAAUAAGGAGCUGCGUACCAUCAGCUCCUGUGAGCCACACUUUCAGGAACUGAAACUGCAGGUCUACCGUGAUGCCUUUGGUUGUUUCAUCAAAGAGUUCAGAACCUACCAACCCCUUCUUUCUGCCAUCAAAAAGGAAUAUGAAAACACUUUAGCAUACCAGCAGGAUCAUAUCCGAGAACUGGAACCACUGCGAACCCAUCUAAGGCUGGUGACAGAGGACUGUGGCAGGAAGAUUCAAGCUCGCUGGGCAGAGGAACAGGCUGAGAUUGGAGCCUUAAAAAAGGAGAAGCAGCAACUGCAGAGUGUUAUUGAGGCCACAAGGGAGAAAGAAAAGGCCUUGCAGGCAGUGGUGGACCGUCUACAGUCUGAACUCUCCAACCAGUAUCUGCAGUACCGGGAGGAGCGUGAUGCCCGUAAGUUGGUGAUCUGGCAGCUCAGUGACCUAACAAGAGGCUCUGUGAAGGAGGAGCAUCCUGCAGAUGAAAACAUAGAUGCUAAGGACCCUGUGGAGCUGCAGCUCGCUCUGAAGGUGUGUCGGGAAGACCUGACCAAAGCCCAGGAGGAGCUCAACAGAAGGAAGACAGAGUACUGGGAUGUCGUGCCAAGACGCAACUGGGACUCCCUGGAGCAAACACACAAACAGAACCUCCUGCAGUUGAAGACACUGCAGGGUAACUUUGAUCAGUUAAAGAGUGAGUAUGACACCCUGCUGCAGCUCCACAAAGGAGAGACUAUGCAGAACAAGACAGAUGACCCCAGCACUGUGCAGAAGGAUGAGAGUGUGUCCGAAGGGCAAAGCCAGAUUCAGUCCAACCACCUAACUCACUGUCCAGGAGUUGAGGGCGGCCCUGAGGACAGUGUUCCCUCUGAAGUCAGAUGAGGAAAUAGAUGAACUUGUGGCCUCGGCUCAAAGUGACAACAACGAUGACAGCAUCUCCUCUCAGAGACUCCACAGCCUGGUACAUACCAGCAGAGGUCUUACUGUCUUUUCAGGCUCUUCUUUUAAAUCAUUUAAUUCACAAAAUGUGAUUAAUAUCUUGCAUCUGCAGCCAUUCUAAGAACUUUGUUAAAAACAUUGAAUUACACUUAAAUAUUUAGAUAAAUAAAGUGGAGUAGUGUAAAACAUUCAGAAAGUCACAUUUUUUAUGUUAAAAAGUCUUAUGUUAAAUUAAUUUUUCCCCUCAUCAAUCAAAUUCAAUGAUGAUGAAGCAAAAACAAGAUAUUAGAAUUUGUUUUAAACUGAAAUGCGACAUUGACAUAAGUAUUCACACCCUCUGCUAUGACACUUUAAAUGUAUCUUAGGUGCCUCCCAUUUCUCUUGAUCCUCCUUGAGAUGUUUCUACAUCUUGAUUGGAGGUCACCUGUGAUGAAUUCAACUGACUGGACAUGAUUUGGAAAGGCAAACACCUACGUAUAUACAUGGCGUUUUAUGCCUUUAAUGAUAAUACAGUUUAAGACUGGGAAAGGGAGAGAGAAGGGGGGGUGACAUGCAGCAAAUGGCCACAAGUCGGAUUCGAACCCCGUGGCUGAUGCGGCAAGGACUCAGCCUUUGUUACUUCCAUUUUAAUGUUUUUAUGUCACAUUUAUGAACAUUUUCUACAUUUUCAAUGUAAAAUGCAUGCAGAGGAUUUUUUAUGUAUAACUAUAAAUGCUAGAGUUUGAUCACGGACAUCAUUUUUGCAGACAGACUUGACUGGAGAAAGUUUUGCAGUUCUGCACUACUUUUGUAAAGACAGAAAAAAAAUGGUGAUUUCAAAAGGUGGUUCGCUUUACAUUUUGAUGAAACCUGUUUGUACAACAAACUCAGACAUGACACAGAACAUUUUUAUUAUCAGAAAACCAAAAAUAGUGUGACAAGACAUAUGGCUUGUUAAAAUAAUACAGUUGUAUUGUUCCC